GAUUCCACUGACUCUUACAUAUUGCAGUGCCAUCCUGCCAUCUUUCCCUCAAUAUAAAGCACCCAACACACAGCUUGUAAAUUAUCAGAGAGAGAGAGAGAGAGGAAAUGGCAAGAGCAAUGCCCUUCUCACUCGCCUUCCUCCUUGCUGUAAUCUGCUACUCAACCUGUGCAGUGACCUCCGCUGGCUCUCCUACCGACUUCGUCCGCUCAUCUUGCAGCGCCACGCGAUAUCCCGAUCUCUGCUUCCGGUGCCUCGCCUCGUACGCCCCGGCGGUACGCCACAGCCCGCGGCAGCUGGCGCGGGCGGCCAUGGCCGUGAGCGCCGACCGGGCUCGCUCCGCCUCGACCUACGUCUCCCGCAUCAUCGCCGGGGCCAAGUCGGUGAGGCCGAGGGACGCGGGCGCCGUCCGGGACUGCCUCGAGAACAUGGCCGACAGCGUGGACAGGCUACGGAGGUCGGCGGAGGAGCUGGACCUGCUGGGCGGGGCGGGGUCGCCGGAGUUCGCCUGGCACAUGAGCAACGUCCGCACGUGGUGCAGCGCCGCCCUCACGGACGAGAACACGUGCUUGGAUAGCCUGGAGGAGCACUGCUCCGGCGGCAUCAGGUCGGCGAUCCGGCCGAAGGUGGUCGAGGUGGCUCAGAUGACCAGCAAUGCGCUGGCCCUCGUGAACCGGGUUUGGUCCAAAUAAAACACGAAUUGAGCCGGUUCAGGUGCGGAAUGCAGGCGACUCUGUGUAUUAAUAUGUGAUGAUAUAAACGAGCUUAAUUUCGA